AUAACAGCCAAUGCAGCCGCCAUCCACGCACAAGCAAAGAAGCAUGUCCCAUUUAAAUACACCCACGCAGCCCCAGCGCCCUUAGCCGAUCAGGGCGCGCAGCCCACACACACCGCGGCUCCGGGCUUGGAGAUCCGCGCAGGUUGGGCUCCCGGACCCCGCGGACCGAGGCGCGGAGGAUCGGGAUCAGGCGCUGUGGGGCGGGGGUGGGCGGGGGAGGCUGGGCCCCGGGCCUCUGGCGCGACACCCGCAUGAGGACGCGAGUGAGAUAGACCAAGGUGGAAUUUCCAAGGGAGAAGCUUCGGGGUGGUUUUGGUCCAUUUCUCCGGCAAAGAAGUAGACAUGGCGAGCGACUCCCCGGCCCGCAGCCUGGAUGAAAUCGAUCUCUCGGCUCUGAGGGACCCUGCAGGGAUCUUUGAAUUGGUGGAACUUGUUGGAAAUGGAACAUAUGGACAAGUUUAUAAAGGUCGUCAUGUCAAAACAGGCCAGCUUGCAGCCAUUAAGGUUAUGGAUGUCACAGGGGAUGAAGAGGAAGAAAUCAAACAAGAAAUUAACAUGUUGAAGAAAUAUUCUCAUCACCGGAAUAUUGCUACAUACUAUGGUGCUUUUAUCAAAAAGAACCCACCAGGCAUGGAUGACCAACUUUGGUUGGUGAUGGAGUUCUGUGGCGCUGGCUCUGUCACUGACCUCAUCAAGAACACGAAAGGCAAUACGUUGAAGGAGGAGUGGAUCGCAUACAUCUGCAGGGAGAUCUUACGAGGGCUGAGUCACCUGCACCAGCAUAAAGUGAUUCAUCGAGAUAUUAAAGGGCAGAAUGUCUUGCUGACUGAAAAUGCAGAAGUUAAACUAGUGGACUUUGGGGUCAGUGCCCAGCUUGAUCGAACAGUGGGCAGGAGGAAUACCUUCAUUGGGACUCCCUACUGGAUGGCACCAGAAGUUAUUGCCUGUGACGAAAACCCGGAUGCCACGUAUGAUUUCAAGAGUGACUUGUGGUCUUUGGGAAUCACCGCCAUCGAGAUGGCAGAAGGUGCUCCCCCUCUCUGUGACAUGCACCCCAUGAGAGCCCUCUUCCUCAUUCCCCGGAACCCAGCGCCGCGGCUGAAGUCUAAGAAGUGGUCAAAAAAAUUCCAGUCAUUUAUUGAGAGCUGUUUGGUAAAGAACCACAGCCAGCGACCAGCCACAGAACAACUGAUGAAGCAUCCAUUUAUACGAGACCAACCUAAUGAGCGACAGGUCCGCAUUCAACUCAAGGACCAUAUCGAUAGAACAAAGAAGAAGCGAGGAGAGAAAGAUGAGACCGAGUAUGAGUACAGCGGAAGUGAGGAAGAAGAGGAGGAGAAUGACUCAGGAGAGCCCAGCUCCAUUCUGAACCUGCCGGGGGAGUCGACGCUGCGGCGGGACUUCCUGAGGCUGCAGCUGGCCAACAAGGAGCGGUCUGAGGCCCUGCGGCGGCAGCAGCUGGAGCAGCAGCAGCGGGAGAACGAGGAGCACAAGCGGCAGCUGCUGGCUGAGCGCCAGAAGCGCAUCGAGGAGCAGAAGGAGCAGCGGCGGCGGCUGGAGGAGCAACAAAGGAGAGAGAAGGAGCUGCGGAAGCAGCAGGAGCGGGAGCAGCGCCGGCACUACGAGGAGCAGAUGCGCCGGGAGGAGGAGAGGAGGCGCGCGGAGCAUGAGCAGGAAUAUAAGCGCAAACAAUUGGAAGAACAGAGACAAGCAGAAAGACUACAGAGACAGCUAAAGCAAGAGAGAGACUACUUGGUUUCCCUUCAGCAUCAGCGGCAGGAACAGAGGCCUGUGGAGAAGAAGCCACUGUACCAUUACAAAGAAGGGAUGAGUCCCAGUGAGAAACCAGCGUGGGCCAAGGAGGUAGAAGAAAGGUCGAGGCUCAACCGGCAGAGUUCACCUGCCAUGCCUCACAAGGUUGCCAACAGGAUAUCUGACCCCAACCUGCCCCCAAGGUCAGAGUCUUUCAGUAUCAGUGGAGUUCAGCCUGCUCGGACGCCCCCCAUGCUCAGAUCAGUCGACCCCCAGAUCCCACAUCUGGUAGCUGUAAAAUCCCAGGGGCCUGCCUUGACCGCCUCCCAGUCAGUGCACGAGCAGCCCACCAAGGGCCUGUCUGGGUUUCAGGAGGCUCUGAAUGUGACCUCUCACCGCGUUGAGAUGCCGCGCCAGAACUCGGAUCCCACGUCCGAAAACCCUCCUCUCCCCACUCGAAUUGAGAAAUUUGACCGAAGCUCUUGGUUACGACAAGAAGACGACAUUCCACCAAAGGUGCCUCAAAGAACAACUUCUAUAUCCCCAGCGUUAGCCAGAAAGAAUUCUCCUGGAAAUGGUAGUGCUCUGGGACCCAGACUCGGAUCUCAGCCCAUCAGAGCAAGCAACCCUGACCUCCGGAGAACUGAGCCCGUCUUGGAGAGCCCCUUGCAGAGGACCAGCAGUGGCAGUUCCUCCAGCUCCAGCACCCCUAGCUCCCAGCCCAGCUCCCAAGGAGGCUCUCAGCCUGGAUCGCAAGCAGGGUCCAGCGAACGGACCAGAGUUCGAGCCAACAGUAAGUCGGAAGGAUCACCUGUGCUCCCGCAUGAGCCUUCCAAGGUGAAGCCAGAAGAAUCCAGGGAAAUUACCCGACCUAGUCGACCAGCUAGCUAUAAGAAAGCUAUAGAUGAGGAUCUGACGGCAUUGGCCAAAGAAUUAAGAGAACUCCGGAUUGAAGAAACAAACCGCCCGCUGAAGAAGGUAACUGACUACUCCUCCUCCAGCGAGGAGUCGGAAAGUAGUGAUGAAGAGGAAGAAGAUGGAGAGAGCGAGACCCAUGAUGGGACAGUGGCUGUCAGUGACAUACCCAGACUGAUACCAACAGGAGUUCCAGGGAGCACAGAGCAGUACAAUGUGGGAAUGGUCAGCAUGCACGGGCUGGAGACCUCUCACACGGACACUUUCAGCAGCAGUAUUUCAAGAGAAGGAACCUUGAUGAUAAGGGAGACGUCUGGAGAAAAGAAGCGAUCUGGCCAUAGUGACAGCAAUGGCUUUGCUGGCCACAUCAACCUCCCGGACCUGGUGCAGCAGAGCCAUUCCCCGGCUGGGACCCCAACUGAGGGCCUGGGGCGCGUCUCCACCCAUCCCCAGGAGAUGGACUCUGGGACUGAAUAUGGCAUGGGGAGCAGCACUAAAGCCUCCUUCACCCCCUUUGUGGACCCCAGAGUAUACCAGACGUCUCCGACUGAUGAAGAUGAAGAGGAUGAAGAAUCGUCAGCCACAGCUCUGUUUACUAGCGAACUCCUUAGGCAAGAACAGGCCAAACUCAAUGAAGCAAGGAAGAUUUCGGUAGUAAACGUAAACCCAACCAACAUUCGGCCUCAUAGCGACACACCAGAAAUCAGAAAAUACAAGAAACGAUUCAACUCAGAAAUACUUUGUGCAGCUCUGUGGGGUGUAAACCUCCUGGUGGGAACUGAAAAUGGCCUGAUGCUUUUGGAUCGAAGUGGGCAAGGCAAAGUCUAUAACCUGAUCAACCGGCGGCGAUUUCAGCAGAUGGACGUGCUGGAAGGACUGAAUGUCCUCGUGACUAUAUCAGGAAAGAAGAAUAAGCUACGAGUUUAUUAUCUUUCAUGGUUAAGAAACAGAAUACUCCACAAUGACCCAGAAGUAGAAAAGAAACAAGGCUGGAUCACUGUUGGAGACUUGGAAGGCUGUAUUCAUUACAAAGUUGUUAAAUAUGAAAGGAUCAAAUUCUUGGUGAUUGCCUUAAAGAAUGCUGUGGAGAUAUAUGCUUGGGCUCCUAAACCAUAUCAUAAGUUCAUGGCAUUUAAGUCUUUUGCAGAUCUCCAGCACAAGCCACUGCUUGUUGAUCUCACAGUAGAAGAAGGUCAAAGAUUAAAGGUUAUUUUUGGUUCACACACUGGUUUCCAUGUAAUUGAUGUUGAUUCAGGAAACUCUUAUGAUAUCUACAUACCAUCUCAUAUUCAGGGCAAUAUCACUCCUCAUGCCAUUGUCAUCUUGCCUAAAACAGAUGGAAUGGAAAUGCUUGUUUGCUAUGAGGAUGAGGGGGUGUAUGUAAACACCUACGGCCGGAUAACUAAGGAUGUGGUGCUCCAAUGGGGAGAAAUGCCCACGUCUGUGGCCUACAUUCAUUCCAAUCAGAUAAUGGGCUGGGGCGAGAAAGCUAUUGAGAUCCGGUCAGUGGAAACAGGACAUUUGGAUGGAGUAUUUAUGCAUAAGCGAGCUCAAAGGUUAAAGUUUCUAUGUGAAAGAAAUGAUAAGGUAUUUUUUGCAUCCGUGCGAUCUGGAGGAAGUAGCCAAGUGUUUUUCAUGACCCUCAACAGAAAUUCCAUGAUGAACUGGUAACAGAAGAGCACUUGGCACUUAUCUUCAUGGCGUUAUUUCUAAUUUAAAAGAACGUAACUCAUGUGGACUUAUGCCAGUCUAGAGGCAGAAUCAGAAGGCUUGGUUGAACAUACCACUUUCCCCUUUUCCUCUCCCUCCUCCCGUCCCAAUACAGUCCAUCUUUCAAUGUUGCAGCCUGGUUGAGAAUGAGAGAAAAAGGUGGCAGGAAUUUCCAGGAGAUCCCCAAGAAUGCUGCGUUGUCUGUGGACAAAGAUGGACCAUGUGCCCUUCGGAGUUAGGGAUAGAAACAAAUAUUGUGUGCUCUUAUGAUUAAGCUGUGUUAUGGUGGAUUUUGAGUUUUGUUUUGGGUUUUUUUUCUACCUUUUUUUCUUUACCCUCUUACUUUGUAAGAAUAGGGAGAGAAUGCAUACUGAGAAAAUGAGUCUGUUUUUAAUUCUGUCUGCCUGCUAGCUUUAAGUUUAUGAUAUGUUGUAAAAUUUCCAAUUUCAAAUGGUGAGAGACAGCACAAUAAAUGUACCUUAUCUCCUUACACUGAAGGCCAUAACUGCAUCAUGGGGUAAUUUUAGAACUCUUUUGCCUUCACCAACCCAAAAGGUUGCUUUUUGAUAGCAACUGGCUAAUGGAUUUUUAAAAGAGAAGAAAAAUACUAGUUUUCCCCUCUUUGGGAAAAUAGAUUUUAAAUGGCUAAACUACUAGCCUUAGACUAAUAAAAUCAACUACCAUUUUUGUGAGUCUGACAGGCCCUAUUUUUAUAUGGGCUUGCACAGAAGGGAGUAUGUUGAAUGGGAUAGUAGUGCCAUUGAGUUGAGUUGGCUCUUGCAAUUGAGGGGCUCCAUAACACAACUUUCCCUCAGCUAUGAUGCAAUAGAUCAGGGCAAAAGAUGGGAUGACAGAUGGGGUCAGACAGAAAGAGCUUCUGGGAAACAAGCUAAAAUACAGAUAGAUACACAUUCUUUUUUUAAAUGCUCAAAGCCUCCCAGCUGAGAGGUCACUCAGUUCGGGCUUCAUUAGGAGUGAUACUGUUGAGUUCUUUCUGGGAAUUGGGGAGUGAAUGACAUUCAGGCUCUGGUCAUUCCCAGCUUUCUCCUGAGGGUGCCACUUUCUCAACAUGAAAACUGUGACUGAAAAAAUAAUAAUAAUAAAUGUUUCUAAGAUGCCUGUGUUCUCUCUGGGUUGGUGAGAGAAGGGACUAGACUACUGCGCCUGCCUGAAACACAGCAGGCAUCAUUGGUUCCAAUUUUAUAGAACUUGAAAGCAGGGCUUUGGCCAAAAUUCUGAGACCCUAAUCAUUUUACCUUCCUCUAAAUUACCCGACACACGGUAAACAACAUUCGUGCAGAGAUAUGUAUGUAUUUACUUCAGGUUGACUUGUGUCCUUAUAAACUCUUACUCGGAUGAUUUGAACUUUACGUGACUGUCUGGAUUUUUUUUCCCAAAGCUCCAAGCAUGGCCGCCUGUGGUAUCAAGGUGUUGCAAAACAAUAUCUGUGUUGCGCUUCCUGUUUUAACCUACCUCGUUUUGUUUGUUUUUGUUUCACUGUUCAUCACAGCAGUGUUAUCUCCAGGAGACAUAUAGAGAGCUCAACUGGCAAUCUCAGGUGUAUUUAAUAUUUAAAAAAACCAAAAUAAAACAAAAAACAGUAGUUGACCAAAUUGUUGUUCUUGAAAAAAAACAUCCAACAACAACAAAAUCUAAUGUGGCUUGUUUCUGGAGAAAACAAUUACGGUAAAGGUCAAAAACAAAAACCUAUGAUCCCGUUGAUUUUGCCUAAAUACAUGAGCAGCUGAUGUACUAUUAAUGAGAACGACACACACAUUAGGAAAAUGGAGCUAUUUCAAUCUGGUGGUUUGGGCAAGGGGGAGAAAGGAAGGGGAAAUAUUCUGGUUUCUAAAGUAGAUGAUUAUGCCCCUCCUUGUAAAGGUGGUUGUCAUUUGCAUUUAUUUUAAGCAGGUAACACACAGGAAUGGAAUUGAGGAUUAUCUUCAGGCGAUCACCGAGAUGUCCUCAUCAUGGUCCCUUUAGCUCUCAAAAGCAAUGAAAUCCUCCCGUUCUCAUUUUUACUGCUGUGGUUCUGCUGCUAAACAAUAUUAUCUUCACAAAUUCCAUGCAACAAAUUCCGCUAUAACUUUUUGGAUUGAAUUUAACAACUACUGUAAUUGAAAACUGACAUGGACAAAAUAUAUUGAAUUGGGUCUCAUCCCCGAAUGUGAUUGCCACCAGCUCUUUAUAUUGCUGCUGUGGUAUUUUAAAUCAGAAGCUUCUUUAAAUUAUGUUGCAAACUGAUCUUUGUUUUUAUGUUUUGUUUUAUUUUUAUUUCUAAGUGAUAAGUUUGAAACACACAGCUUUAAAUGAUUUUUUUAUUGUGGGAUUUUGGGUACAGUUAAGAAAUAAAAGGGAAUCAUUGUGUUUAAACAUAAGGUAGUUUGUGAAUGUAUUUUUUAAAAUCUAGAUUCACUGAAAGAAAAAAAUCAUAAAACAAUAUUAAUGCAGUCUUGUUUACAGUAUGUACAGUGACAUAACAUAGAACAUGAGCUUUUCUGGUGCCAACAACAAUAAAACACAGACGUUAAACAUCAAGCCAUGCCUUUAUAUUUUUGUACAAAUAUUUUACACUGAGUACAAGGCAAAACCAAAUUUAAAAGGGCCCCCCACAAAUCUGUGCUCCUUAAAAGAUAUCUAAAGAAUUCUUUGAAGCUUUUAUCUUCACAAAUACAUUUUCCUCCAUCAGGACCGGCCCUCGCCCUGAUAUACUGAGGUCUAGGUCAUGCAGAAUAUUUCAGAAUGCUGUUCUUGUAACAAUUCCCAACUUUUUGGUUUGCUUUCUUUUUUUUUUUGGCGGGGAGAGGAUUGUGCUUUUCAUCCAUCUUAAUAGCAUCUUAAUAAAAAUUUCUAUAGUUUUGAAACUAGUUUUUGAAACGAAUUAGUUUCAGUUUUUAGUUUCAGUUUUUCCUGUAGGGGAUAUCGUCUCUAGAACUCGCUGGCUCAUUUUAUUUUUAUUUUCUUAUGAAAAGAAACUGAGCCCUCCCCCCAAAGUAAGUUUCACUAUAUCUUUUCAGUCCUUGCUGCUCUAAAUUGAUAAUCACGCAGCAAAAAUCCACUGAGACUGCCUACACCAUAGUUUAAGUCUACGGUCUGAUAGGUGACCAUCAUUCCUAGGUGCCAGUCCAGGACAUUGUAGCAAGGAUUUCUGCAUCCAGUGGGUGGUAGGAAUGGAUGACCUAUAAGAUCCCUUCAAAUGAUGAGAGUCCUCCCAUGCCAGUUGUAUUCAGACCAUUGUGAUUGCACACAGUAUGAAUGAAGACAUCUAGUACUAUGUUCCACACAAAAUCUAAUGGCUCUAUUUAGAUAGAUCUCAUUUUUCUUGAAGACUUUUAAACAAUGCUUCAAGAAGAACUAGAGCUAUUUCAGCAGUAUAGAUUAAGGUACUGAUGAAAUCCCACAAGGCCACUUGGACAGGGACUCCGUUUUUCUAACACAUUGACAUGUGUUACCUUUCCAAGAUACACUCCUUACAUACUUUGCAUCAAGUACACAUUUUUAAAAAGCAUCUUAAUUUCUGGUUGUCAAGACCUACUAACAGUUUUCUGUCUGCUCUUGUGAGUCAUUGGUAAUUGGUGUCUCUGGUCCCUCCUGUGCAGUAGAUUAGAAAGAUGUGAAAUUCAGGCCAGAGCCAUUUUGGUUUUGUCCAUUGCCAGACAAGGAAGCAGCUGAAGUCUGACCUCACAUUCCAUGAAGUUAAAAAAUAUACAUAUUUUCCCUACUAUUAUGUGUCGCAGUUCCCAUCACCGUAUUCUUGAAAUGUGGAAGAGCUCUUUGUGUUAAUAGUGUGUGCUGUCUUUGAAAGUCUGCUUGAACAGGCAUCACUUGCAUUUGUGCUGAUUGCUUUAAAAGAUGUGCUACAUUUUUUUAAGAAAGAAGAUACAGCUACUGAUCAAACUUUUAAUCACUGGAGGAAAAUAGGAGAAUAUCCACAACACGCUGAUAACAAUUCUGAAUGACCCUAUCAUGCUCCAGAUAUUCCCAAAUCCCCUCUGAUACUAUGUCCUGACCGUCUCAACAAUUUCUGUGAAUUGUUUUUUUUUUAUAAUUUUAUUUAUUUAUUUUUUUCCCCCAAAGCCCCAGUAGAUAGUUGUAUGUCAUAGAUGCACAUCCUUCUAGUUGCUGUAUGUGGGAUGCAGCCUCAGCAUGGCCAGACAAGCGGUUCGUCGGUGCGUGCCCGGGAUCCAAACCUGGGCCGCCAGCAGCGGAGCGCGCGCACCUAACCACUAAGCCACGGGGCCGGCCCUGUGAAUUGUUAGUUACCUUUUUAUUCCUUAAAAAUUUAAAUCUGACCAAAUCAAACACAGCAUAACAAACAAACCGACCCAAAACUGGCCUCCCCUGAGACUACAUAAUUACAACAUAAAAUCCAAAAGUCUAAAUUUGAUUUCAUUUACCUGCCAAUAUUUCUCAUAAAUGCCGCUACAUUUUGAUCUUGAUCAGUAUAGCAAUAUCAGGAACGCUAAAGUGUGCUGUUCAUUCAUGGGUCUCAAAAUGAGUAUAAAGUGAUCUCUUUUCAGAAGCUCUAGCAAAGAAGAAAACCUCUUGAGAAUUUGCAAGUUCAAAACUGACCAUUUGUACAUUUCUACUAAACAUUUUUAGUGCUGUUUGAUUUCCAUACUGUAUCAUUGUUCUGGGAAUUUUUCCAUAGACAAUUAGAAUAUUCAAAAAUUUACAUAGCAUUAAACAGUAGGAGACCAUAACACUCUCUGCUUUGAAUUUUACAUAUUUUUCUGGGCCUGCCAUUCCAGAAACAGCCAGAAUGCACCAAAAUAAAAAAUCCCCAUAAAAGCAUUUUUAAAACAAAAGUCCCUGGAUAAGUUUUGAGAUAUUUAAAUCUAAAUCAAAAUCUUGGACUCUGUGUCCAUGAUGCCAAACAUUUAGAUGAAGACUAGAAAAUAUAGUUAAAAGUAGAAAUGUUCUAAAGUUUCCAGAUUUUUGGCUUUGUGCAGACAUCUUCAAACUGACUCAAUUCCUUGCAUGAUAGGGUUUGGUUUUGAUGGUUUGUUUUUAUCAGCACUGAGUUGCAUUGCACUAUUGAGGCUGAGCAAAUGCUGGUGGAAAGGUGAGUCUUCAUUUCCAGCAGUGGAUCAUGAUUUGUACAUAGCAAAUAUCCAUGCCCCAAUAUCCCCUUCCUCUUAUCUUUUCCCCUGGGGUUAGUGUUAAGGAAUAAUAAUACUGUAUUGUGAUUUAUUUAAAAACCUCAUACAUUACCCUGAGUCAGAAUUUCAAAUGUUAGGUGACAGCAAGAAAAGAAUCUGCAGCAGGAAAAAAAGAUGACAGCUUGGAUGAAUUUUAAAAUUGGAUGUCGUGAAACUAUUUUUGUGCAUUUUAGGUGUCUUAUUUGCAAUGUUAACAUAAGUGUAGAGAUGCCAAAUUUAUAAUAUUGGAAGAGAAAACUAUCAUUUUCCUAUGCCUACAAGUGUUUACAUUGUUUAAAUCUCUAGUUUUCUAAAGUGUUUUAAAUUGUCAAAAAUAUGCUGAAACUGGAGAAGUCUCACCUGUGUCAGGAUGUAAAAGAAGAAAAUCUUCUUGGCAUAUUUUCUAGUCUGAACCUUUUGGUUCUUUCAAGUAUUUUUUUCUUGCAUACAAAAAGCCUGCAGUUAUUGUUGUCUACAGUUGUUCCGAGCUGUAGUUAGAAAUGAUUUGGUACGUUCCAAGCCAGGGUUUUCCCAUACAGUCACUGCCACACCCUGGGAUAUAUUAUUUUAUGUUAUCUCUGUCAAAAUGUGAAUAAUAAAACAUUAAUGGUAGUAGGAU